AGUUCUCGGGAGCUGGCAGCGAUGUCGAAGAAGAAGGCGAUGCCCCGCUCCACCAUGUCCCUCAAGGUCUUCCACGGGGGCUCCAUUCCAUCGGAUCUGCAACUCCCGUCGGCGCCUGGCAUGACGGUGGAUCGGAGCGCGUACGAGCGGCCGAGCUCCGCGAAUGUAUGGUCGUCCGCCAGCAAUCCAAUGAGCAAGGGUUAUGGCAACCAUCGGCAGGCGCUCCUGCCCAAUGGGGAGACGAGGCCCUCCUCCGCCGCCGCCGCCCCUUCCUCCUCGUAUUUCCCCAACACCGCCACAAUGGGCAGGAACUACGACGAGGACGAGCGGAGGCCCGUCGACUUUCGGCCCCGCACCAGCCCCGGCGGCCACCACGACUACAGAUCUCGGGAGUAUGACAACGGUGGUGGAGUCUACUUCAAGGGCCGCUUGUCUCGCUCUCCGGACCAUCUGCGCUACUCGGCCUAUCCCCCCGGUGGUGGUGACCGCUUCGGCCCUCCUCUGCAGCCUUCUAUGGCCGGCUCACCGGAGCGGCCACCCGUGAAUGCCUGGGCCGCGCGCCGGGGUGAGCGCCUGGAGCCGGAUGCGUCUGCCACCUCUCCCUGGCGCGUCCGAAACAGCAUGGCCAGGAUCGCCGAGGCAAGUGCCAUCGACAAGGUCUCCUCUGGAAGGUGGCAGCCAGCAGCUACGCCCAGGAAGGAGCCCCUUUACGAUGUCGAUGCUCGCAAGGUGGACAUCUCCCACGCGAUAGAGCAGCAGGAAGUGGAGGAUGGCAGAAGGGUGGAUAGUUAUCAUCACACCUCUUGGAAGCAGCAGCCAGCUGAGGCUACUCCCGAAGGAGGCUACCGCAGCCGUUUUAACGAUGCCGGUGAUACGUCGGAAAGAGCAAGGUUUGAGUACGACCACUUUGAGCGAGGCGAUUCUUUCCGGGGAGUGAAUGAACAGAGCUACCACAGCUUUCAGGAGGACAGGGUCGCUGGUCACGGGAGUACUUCUGCUUAUGAUUGUUUAGAGGUUCAUUAUACUCAGGGUGAUGAUGGACGACACAGCGCAGAUGCACAAGCAAGCCAAAAGCAACAGCAUCUCUCUGACUCCAGACACGGUCCUGGAGCCCGUCAACAUCCUGCCAACGUCUUUGAGCGUCAGUCCACUGAUAGCAACGUUGUAAAUCACGAAAGACUGCAAAGGCAACGAUCGUUUGAUUCGGAAAGGAACAGAACCUCGGCUACUGCAGUCAACCACGAGUUCAAUCAUCAAUCCUCUGCCCAUGUGUCUACCAUGGUUGGCAGCACGUAUUCUGAUUCCACGAAGACUGGAGCUGCUUUGCUGCGGUCCACUUCUGGAGAACGGCCCAAGCUAAAGCUCCUUCCUAGAUCCAAGCCAAUGGAAGAUCGUCAUGAUUUUUUUGAAGACGAGGGUACCUUCUUGUCCGAGGCGGAUCGCGCUGGGCGUCAGCAGCACGCAAGUGAAAGGGAGACCCAUGAUUCGAGACCAGUCGUUACACCCAGUGCCCAAACAGAACACGACACUUGCCCAACUUCGGAGAGGCCUAAGCUGAGCUUGAAGCCCCGAACUCAGGCUCCUGACAACGCUUCGGACAAGGAGAGGUACGUGGAGGAUGCUGCUACACUACCGUGGAAUUCAUGUGUUUUCUGGAUACAGGCGAAGUUUGUUCGGUGGUGCGCGCCCCAGAGAGAUGGUGCUUCGACAGCGUGGAGCAGACGACAUUCCAGUCGAAGCCGCUGCAAGGUAUCCAUAUUCCUGUUUCCAUGCCACAGAGCUGACAUGAAGGCUUGCAGUGAUGUUGCUGAGCUCAUUCGGAAGGAAAGGUGGCAGCCGGUCGAAACUCGGCAGCAGCAGGGUAGGACCAAUAACGAAGGUGGCAAGGUAGUCAACCGGAGGGAAGAGGAUCCAAUACGGAGUGAAGCAGACCGGUACGAGAUUCGGCGUGAUUUGAGUCGGCAGGAUCGCAGGGAUCACCGGGAUAUUGACAGGCAGGAGAGUUGGAGGCGACGUGCGGAACCCACUCCCGCACUCUCUGCGCUUGCAGAGAUGCCGUCGCGCGUUGCUGGGAAGUCGUCGCUUGGAUCGUCAGCGCUGCAGCUUGCGCAAGCCUUUUCGCGGUCAACCAUCUCCGCCGCUGGUUCUCGACUGACGGAUACUCCAUCUCCCAGAUAUGGCAGAGCUUCUUCUGGACAGCAGCAGCGCAAGCACAGUGCCGCGACUGCAUGGUAGUAAGGCACGCCAAGUGAGGCGGGACUAACGCAUCAGGCGUGCUUGGCUGUAGCUAUCUACAGAAACACAAGAAGAAACAUAUAUCCUCUUUUGCU